CGAUUUUCUCGAAUAGUACAAUCGUAAUUCUUAAUCGUGAUCCAUUCACGGCUAGAAUUACGUACUCUCUCAUUCUAGUACGUCGGAUAAGUUGUUUCGUGUUACUUCGCGAAAUAAUUUCGUUUAGUUCUUAUUGUUGAUGUUUUCGUGUGCAAUUGUUUUGUUGAAUUUUCAAUCAAAUUCGUUUCAUCUGGAUACGUUCUAAUCGGUAUUUUUACGUUUUCACGUAACAAAAGCUGCUAAAAUGCCGGUAUUCCAUACAAAAACCAUAGAAAGUAUUCUUGAACCUGUCGCACAGCAGGUUUCGAGGCUUGUCAUCUUACAUGAAGAAGCUGAAGAUGGAAAUGCAAUGCCUGAUUUGGGAAGGCCUGUGCAAGCAGUUAGUAUGGCAGUAGCAAAUCUUGUUAAGGUAGGGAAAGAAACAAUUAAUUCCUCUGAUGAUGCUUUACUUAAACAAGAUAUGCCUGCUGCUUUACAACGAGUUGAAGGAGCUUCGCGUCUCUUGGAGGAGGCAUCUGCUAUGUUGAAACAAGACCCAUAUUCUGGACCAGCUAGGAAAAAGCUUAUAGAAGGUUCACGUGGUAUCCUUCAGGGAACUAGUUCCUUAUUGCUGUGUUUUGAUGAAAGUGAAGUACGUAAAAUUAUUAGAGAAUGUAAAAGGGUAUUAGACUAUUUGGCGGUCACAGAAGUUAUUGAAACAAUGGAAGAUUUAGUUCAUUUUCUUAAAAAUUUAAGUCCAUGCCUCAGUAAAGUAUCAAAAGAAGUAAGUGCUCGUGAAAAAGAGUUGACUCAUCAAGUUCACAGAGAAAUUCUAGUGCGCUGUUUAGAUCAGGUAAAAACACUUGCACCAAUCCUCAUCUGCUCUAUGAAAAUAUUUAUUCACAUUAUCUCUCAAGGAAGUAAAGGUGCAGAAGAAGCAGCUGAGAAUCGUAAUUAUUUAGCUGGCAGAAUGUCAGAUGAGUUAAAUGAAAUUAUUAGAGUGUUGCAACUUACAACUUAUGAUGAAGAAGAAUGGGAUGCUGAUCAAUUAACAGUAUUAAAAAAGGCACAAAGUGCUAUUGAAUCUAGAAUAAGAGCCGCUUAUGAUUGGUUAGAUGAUGGACUUGCUUUGCGCGGUGGAGUAGGAGAAAAGAGUCUUCGUCAAAUAGUUGAACAAGCACAACGAUUAGCAGAAAGAUAUCUUCCGCCUUCACAGGCAGAACCAUUGCAAAAAUUGACUUCGCAAAUUGUUACUAUGACCAACGCACUUUGUGAACUAAGACAAAAUGAAAAAGGAACUACGCCGCAAGCGGAAGCUUUAGCACGUAGUAUAAAAGAAAAAACAAACGAACUUCGCAGCUCUAUUGCCUCCGCUAUAGUUGCUGCUGAUAAGUCUGGAACCACGCAAACUGCCCACACAGUUGCAGGUCGUCUAGAGCAAGCAAAUAAAUGGCUUCUUAAUCCGCAACAUGAUGACAAAGGACUUGGUCAAAGAGCUAUAGCUUUAAUUAUACAGGAAGGAAAGAAGAAUCAGCAACACGUAGCAAGCGUUGCCGAGGGUCUGCCAGGCAUACAUAAAGCGGAAAUUUUGCAACUUUGCGAUGAGGUUGACAAUCUAUCCCAUCAACUUGGAGAUUUAUGUGCUCAUGGGCAAGGAAAUACACCUCGUGCCCAAGAAAUCGCGCGUCAGUUGUCGCACAAACUGUAUGAAUUGAAAAACAGAAUACAACAAGCUGUUAUAUCGAGAGUGGUCGAAGAUUUCAUCGAUAUAACGACACCUUUAAAACAAUUCACGGACGCUGUGUUAGCCCCAGAAGGCACUUUAGGCCGUGAGCAAAAUUUCAACGAUAAAACGCAUGCCCUUCAAACAUUUUCCAACAGGGCAGCAAAAACGGCUAGAAUGGUGGCCGCUGGUGGUAGUGGAGGUAACAAAAAAUUAGCAGAAGCGUUGACUGCAAGUGCUUCGCAAGUUGAAUCUUUAACACCGCAAUUAAUUAAUGCCGGACGAAUUCGAAUGACUUACCCGGACAGUAGAGCUGCAGAUGAACAUUUCGAAAAUUUGCGACAGCAAUAUGCCGAAACGAUGCAAAGAGCACGUGCAUUGUGCGACGAAGCAACUGACAGUGGAGAUUUCAUUAGAACUUCUGAGGAACAAAUGCAAAAGCAUUCGUUCCUGUGCGAAGAGGCUAUAGCAAAGAGUCAUCCACAAAAAAUGGUCGAUAAUACAGCUGCCAUUGCUAGAUUGGCUAACAGGGUAAUUCUUGUGGCAAAGCAAGAAAGUGAUAAUAGCGAGGAUCCCGCAUUCAUUCAGAGAGUGAAUCAAGCUACAGAUAUUCUUCAAAACAGUGUUGCUCCAAUGGUUCAAGAUGCAAAGUUGGUUGCAAUCAAUAUCAAUGACAGUAAUGCAAUUUCCCGUUGGAGGGAAAGUAAUCGUACACUUCUGUCUAACGUUGGACAAGUCCGUAAAGCUAUUGUAAUUCAACCAGACUUAAUACCUCCACCAGAGGUAUCGCAAUUACAUCUUAAUGAUGAAAAACAAUUGCCAAGCCGUCAAUAUAAUUACUUCAUAGAUAAAGUUGGUGAACCAUUAAGAAAUCAACCAUCGCCAAGCAAUUUAUGUGUCAUCAACUCUAGUCUAAAUACAAAUAAACCCCAACAUCGCUCUAUCAGCCCAUUACCAAAGUGGGCACGUGAAGGAGAUAACCCUGAUCUCCUAUAUCAAGAACUGGCUUCUGACAACGAGUUAGAAAAAUCAGUUCACGAUGGAGUCUAUUAUUAUGAUUGCGACAAUGAUGAUGAAGUCGUCCCACCGCGUCCACCUUUGCCUGGUGGAGAUAUUCCACCUCCACGACCUCCACCGCCUGAAACAGAUGACGAAGAUGAAAUGUUUAUGCACGCACCGCAGCCUAAUCAGCCUAUUAUGAUGGCUGCCCAUGGCUUACAUCAAGAAGUACGACAAUGGUCCAGCAAAGAUAAUGAAAUUAUUGCUGCUGCGAAGAAAAUGGCUAUUUUAAUGGGCAGAUUAUCAGGCCUAGUUAGAGGAGAAGGUGGUAAUAAAAGGGAUUUGAUCGCAUGUGCUAAGGCCAUUGCAGAAGCUUCUCAGGAAGUAACUCGUUUAGCUAAGGAGUUAGCUAGAGAAUGUACGGACAAACGUAUUCGUACUAAUCUUCUUCAAGUUUGCGAACGGAUACCUACUAUAGGUACACAACUAAAAAUAUUAUCAACAGUGAAAGCUACAAUGCUAGGUGCACAAGAGACGCUCCCCACCUGGGAAGAGUUGAUGCUUUAUGGUACUGAAGAAGAUCAAGAAGCAACAGAUAUGUUAGUUGGAAAUGCUCAAAACCUUAUGCAGAGUGUAAAAGAAACUGUUCGAGCCGCAGAAUGUGCCAGCAUAAAAAUACGUACCGCAUCUGGUAUGAAAUUACGCUGGGUUCGACGGCAGCCUUGGUAUCAAUAUUAAAAAAAAAAAUUGCAAUAAUGAAAGUGAAAUGUAACAGAUGGGUAAGAUUUCUUAAUACAUUUUGAUACAUUUUGAUCGAUUCCACAAUAUAUCAUAAAAGUGUUCUAAUGAGGGAUAACAUUCAAAUUCUUAAAACUGGUACAUAAUGGAAUUUAAAACAUAUGGGAUUUUUUUAUUCGUAAUUAAUUUUUAGAAAUAAAUAUUGAAAAUUUUAAAAAGUUAAGUAACAGUACUUCUAGCAGUAAUUAUGAAUAAAAAAGAAUGUAAACUUAAGUUUUUAUGGUUUUAUAUAUUCAGAUCCAUUUUAGAUGUUUGAAUGAUAUCCUCAAAAUAUUCACUGAUAUAAAUUUUAUCGUAUAAUUUAUACUUAUAACUAUACUGACUGCUAUAUUCAUUGUGUAGAAGUUAUAGUUGAUAAUGUGACAAACAAGCUAGUGAUUAAUACAAUUAGAAACAUAUUUCAUACGAAUUGAGAGAUAUAUCUCAAUCGAGAAAUAUUUUUAGAUGAUAUGUUGAAGAGAAUGCUUAAUUAACAAUCUUCAGAGUCUAUCUCUCUUAUAAAGUUUCAUUAAGAAUCAGGAAAUAGAAAAUAUAGAGAUGAUAAAGCUUAUGCCUUAUGCAAAUUACCAAUUUACUAUAUAUUUUUACUAGUAAUAAGUGUACUUCCCAUACGCGUUCGUGCGCGCCACACACCCAGGACCUACCAAUUUAAAAUCAGCACAAUUAAUAAAUAUAACAAAUUUUUAUCUACAUUUAUUAAAAUGCCAUAUGAAACCAAGAUAUAUUUUUGCAAAAU